GUCAGCUGAUGUCAUUGUCUAGUUGUCUCAGCCCGUUUUCUUUUUCUAUGUGUGGCGGAAGCCCGUCUUGUUGUUUUGUCGGCCCGUUUUCUUUUUUUGACUUGAAAAAGCCUGGAGGCCCAAGUUGUUAUCCCGGCUGGUUGUUCCAGGUGUGUUGAUGGUUUUCUCUGUUGAUGGUUUUGCCUCCAGGACACCUGAGGUCACGUGCCCCCAGGGAAAAAGAAUCCAAUGCCCCCGGCUGUUUGACGCCCUUCUCCCCCAUCCUCUGUUCUUCCUCCUGGCAUCCACACCUCCCCACCCCAUAACCCCGCCGCCAGCAAACCCCAGAACCCUAGAUCUAUCCCCUUGAAUCAACCAACAAUGGAGAGGGAAAAAGUGAACUUGCUGUAGCAAAAUUCAGAGUUUCAGACUUCUCCAUAGAGCAAAGGAAGGGGAAUCAGUUUUGAAAGAAAAAAGAUGGAUGCGGGUGCUGGUAAAGGGGCGCACAGGACUCACCAUGCUACUGCAGAGGAGUAUGGAGACUACCUGCUUGCCAAUCAGUUAUCUAUGUAUCAUGAGCGCCAAUUUGAUUUGGAAUGUGGUCAGUCGAGCACGAUGCCUGGGAAGUCGUUGCAACAAUGGGUGUCGCAAGAAGUUGGUCCUCUUGGCUAUAACUACAAUGAAAUGAACAACACACAGACAAACUCUCCUAUGAUUAACAUGACCAACAGGAUUAUGCCCGAGUUGUUUCUGCAGAGGAGUCCAAAUGCUGAAGCCUCAAGAACCCAUCCUACAGAAACAACAAAAAUGCAGCCAACUGGGGUGAGCUUCAUGAAUGUAUCCGGCGAUGCACCUAUGUCAUACAUGCAACUGCUGCUUGCUGCUGAACAAGAGGGGGCAAAAUAUUUGUUGUCUCAAUCAUAGGAAGAACGCCUAGUUCGUACUGAGAAUGACAUGUUCAUGAUAACUGGCCGCUAUGGAAGAGGAACAUCAGAAGAACCAAGGCAAACAAAUCAUGAUAACACAGGGCGAGUUUUGGUUGAACAAAAUCAGGAGCCUUCCCCGUUUGUUGACAACACAAAUAUACAAGGACUGCAUGAUUUGAUCUGGGAAACUGAUGAACCUGAUUGUGCACAGAAGCAGCCUUCAGACAAUGAACUUGACAGUGAUAGUGAAUCAGAUCAUAACCUUGGACUGCAUCAAAGAGAAGGUGAUAUGGAUGUUGAUAUUGUGGAACAACAACAUAACAAUGAGACGGGAGUUCAAGUUGAACAACUUUCACAAGAUGACAUCCUCAUAUUUCUUGAAAAUGAAAGCAUAAAAAAUGCUCAGACUUGCAGCCAUGAAGUUCGUAGCCAUCAUGUGCCAACUAUUGACAUGGUUUUUGACAACCAAGAAGCAGCUUAUAGCUUCUACAACGAGUAUGCAAGCAUAUGUGGUUUCUCUGUAAAGAGGGCAGCAUCCUUUUGUGCAAAAAAGGAAGGUGGCAAUGCACCAACAAGAAUCACUUUGAAGUGUAACCGAUCUGGACGUGCAAUUGGAGAGGAAGAAAAGGAAGCAAGGUUGAAAAAACGACGAGAAACUAGACAGGCAAAAACAGGCCAGGUCCCGCGUGAGAACCCCAGGAAAAAGAAAACAAACACCAUUGAGAUAACUGGUUGUAAGGCUCAGCUUAUUAUCACAAAGAAGGCAGACAAGUGGGUUGUUACAACAAUCAACCUCGAGCAUAACCAUGAGUUGAGCCCUCAUACAGAGUCAAAGUACCUCCGUUCACAUAACUACAUGACAGAAGAGGAGAAGAUCCUUAUCCGUACAUUCAAUGCUAUGAAGCUACCAACAAGGAAAAUAAUGACCAUCCUGAGCUUCUUGAGAGGUGGCAACACUCCUUACACUAAGAAACACGUCAGCAAUGUGAGGACAUCAAUUGGCAAAGAAACUAACCAGAAUGAUAUGAUGCAAGUACUGACUUACUUCAGGAAAAGGCAGGCGGAAGAUCCAAGGUUCUAUUAUGCAUUUAAGACAGUUAAAGUUUCUGAUGAGGCAAGCAAAGUGUUAUGAAUUUUCUGGGCUGAUGGCUACGCAAGAAAAUGUACGACUUGUAUGGUGACUGUCUCAGCUUUGACACAACGUUCAAGACAAACAGAUACAACCUCCCGUUUGCUCCAUUCGUUGGGAUCACAGGUCAUAGUCAGAACUGCUUGUUUGCUUGUUCUAUCAUCCAAAAUGAAUCAACUGACACUUUUAAGUGGUUGUUUGAGACUUUUCUUCACUGCAUGGGAGGCAAAAGUCCAGUGACGAUUAUAACAGAUGAAGGUGCGGGCAUGAAAUCGGCAAUCCCGAUGGUUUUUCCCAACUGUGUUCACAGGCGUUGUCUCUUCCAUAUAAAAAAGAAAUCUGAGGAAAAAUGUCCUAGAACAUUUGCAGCACAUGAAAACCUACAUGCUGAUUUCAGUGACAUCAUACACAACUCGCUGACCGAAGGAGAGUUUGAAAUGUUGUGGCCAGAUAUGAUACAGAGAUAUGGUAUACAAAAAAUCAGCUAUUUCAACAUUAUGUGGAAGAAGAGAAGGAGGUUUGUUCCUGUCUACUUCAAGAAGAAUUUCUUCCCAUUCAUUCAUUCUACUGCAAGAAGUGAAGGGACAAAUGCUAUUUUCAAGGACAACAUAACUUCAACACAUAGUGUGAUAUGCUUCCUGGAAGAAUAUGAGAGGAUAUCUCACAAUAUUCAAGAUAAUGAGAGAGAACAAGACUCCAUAACUAGAACAACAAAGCCAACUUUCUGGUCUCAUAGUGAACUUGAGUAUCAGGCAGCAUCUAUGUACAACCGAAAGAUCUUCUAUAGGUUCCAAAAGCAGCUGAAAUUUGUUGUCAAUUUGCAUGUUGAAGAAGUUGUGAGGAAUGUGAGAUAUGAAGUAUACAAAACAGAAAUGCUGGCUGCAAAGGAUUUCAGGCAAAGGAGAUUUGUUGUCGAUGUGAACAUCCAAAAUCAGGAAUUUAGUUGCAUAUGUGGUAAAUUCUUGAAAGACGGAAUUGUGUGUAGUCAUGUCCUGAGGGUUCUUUCUCAUCUGAACAUGUCAAAACUUCCUGAAAAGUACUACAUCGACAGAUGGAGGCCAAAAGAUACAAAAGACAUACGAGACAGGCGGUUCAAUGUGCCUGCUGAGCUAACUGCUGGGAGUCAACACUUGAGGUACACACUUUUGUCCAACAGGCUCAACGAUAUGGCCUCUGAUGGCGCAUCAACAAAUAGAAAAUAUCUAUAUGUUGUUGGGGAGAGUGAGAGGGUGCAACAGAGAUUGGAUGAGAUGACUAAAGAAGAUAAAGCUGCUGAAGCUGAGAAAACAAGUGUUGGACCAAAGAAUUCAGAAGUUCCACUCACAGGCCCGCAUCCAGAUGGUUAUGGGGACAACCUGCAAAAUCCCGAUGUUGCUAUCUCAAAAGGACGUCCACAAUCAGGGCGAUACAAAACCUUCAUGGAAACUUUGCGUGCGAAACCAAAAAUUCACUGUAGCCGAUGUGGUUCCGAAACCCACAACAUAUCUACUUGCAUAGUAAUUGCUGAUAAUGUUGCCAAGGCACAGCGACAAAAAAGCACUCAAAAACGUGCUUCAGGCUCGAUGACAGCAGCAAAGACCGAUAAACCAUCAGGUGGGCGGACGAAGAAGAGCAAGACACAAAGCACAACAACAACAGGAGACAGAGACUGACUAGGCUAUUUGAAAAAAAAAUAUUGUAAUAAAUAUAGCAUUUUCAUAUGUUUUGGGAUGCAAAAUAACGCAUGGCAAGAGAAGAAAAAACUUUAUAACUGUACUUUGUUUAGUUCAUGUUGCUGCAUCUGAUGUUGUUUCCCCCCUUGAUGUA